GUUUCUGAAAAAAAGCAGAAAUUGUGGAGGGAAAACGUGCGUGCGUUCUACGUUGUGAAUUAUUUCGACUCGGGUUUGAGAAGUAUUUGUAGCAUUAUUCGGCGCUAAUCUAUUUUUUCGAGUUCUAAACGUAAAAGUUAACACGCUAGUACGGAUUUUACUUGGAUGCUUCCCGUUUCCUGCUAACCAUGGGAAGUCUCGCAGCUGACAAAGAGGUUUUCUUUAGGAGGAUAAAACGGUUUUAUUCAUCUUGGAAAAAUGGUGAAUCAAAUGCUGAUAUUGGGUUUGCAGAUAUGGAUGCCCUGGUUACAGCUCUGGGGGCGGACGAAGAAGUUGUGUAUAGCAAGACAUCUGCUCUACAAUCAUGGCUUCUUGGAUAUGAAUUAACUGAUACAGUAAUGGCAUUAUGUGAAGAUUCCAUCUAUUUUCUUGCAAGCAAGAAAAAAAUAGACUUUUUAAGGCCUCUGGAAGCUGUUAAAGAAGAGAAAGGCUUGCCUGCCGUUAAACUCUUGGUUCGAGAUAAAAGUGACAAAGAUAAGGCAAAUUUUGUGAAAUUAAUUGAAGCAUUGAAAAAAUCAAAGAAAGGAAAGAAACUAGGUGUUUUUUCAAAAGAUAGCUUUCACGGGGAGUUUAUGGAUGCAUGGAAUACUGCAAUCAAAAAAGAAAAAUUUGAAACAAUUGACAUAAGUUCUGGUGCAGCUUAUAUGAUGGCUCCCAAAGAAGAGUCUGAACUUAUGGUUAUUAAGAAAGCUUGUCAAGUGUCAGUUGAUUUAUUCAACAAAUAUCUCAAGGAGCAAGUUAUGGAAAUUGUUGAUGCAGAUAAAAAGGUCAAACACUCUAAAUUAGCAGAGGGUGUGGAGAACGCAGCAACGGACAAGAAAUACGUCUCAGGUGUCGAUACAGGCCAAGUCGAUAUGUGCUACCCAGCCAUCAUCCAGAGUGGAGGAAAUUAUAGCCUGAAAUUUAGCGCAGUCAGCGAUGAUAAACCUCUUCAUUUCGGAGCCAUCGUUUGUCUUUUAGGUGCACGCUACAAAUCCUAUUGCUCCAAUAUUGGACGAACCCUACUUGUCAACCCUACUGAAAAGAUGCAGGAUACGUACAAUUUCCUGUUGUCGGUUGAGGACGAAAUUUUAAAAUCUUUGGUCGAAGGAGCGAAGCUAAGCGAUGUCUACAAUGCUGCUGAGGCAUAUGUAAAAAAAGAAAAACCUGAACUACUGGAUAAAAUGACAAAAACCCUAGGCUUUGUUACCGGAAUUGAAUUUCGUGAAAGCUCUUUAGUAAUUGGACCAAAGAAUAACGCAGUUAUAAAAAAGGGAAUGGUAUUCAACGUUAACCUGGGUUUUGCUGAUCUUGAAAAUCCUGAUAGCACAGAUGAAAGCUAUAAAAAAUAUGCUUUGUUUUUGAGCGACACUGUCGUUGUAUCCCAGGGGCCUGCAACCGUACUAACGGCGUCAAAGAAAAGGAUCAAGAACAUUGGAAUUUUUCUUAAAGAUGAAUCGGGUGAUGAAGAGGAAGAAGAAGAGGAGGACGAUGAAAAGCCAUCACGACAGCCUCAAAAUUUAGGUCGUGGCAAAAGAACUGCAAUUCUUGAUUCGAAGCUCAGGGAAACCUCCACUGAAGAAAAACGAAAACAACAUCAGAAGGAACUGGCGUCUCACCUUAAUGAAGAAGCUAAACUUCGAUUGGCGCAGCAGAAGGGUCGCUUGGAUAGUGAGAAAGUUAGGAAAUCUACCGUGUCGUAUAAAUCCGGGAAAGACUUGCCAAAAGAAGACGAAGUAAAAGAAUUGAAGUUAUAUGUUGAUCGUAAGUAUGAAACGGUCAUCAUGCCUAUUUACGGCAUUCCGGUUCCCUUUCACAUUUCGACAAUCAAGAAUAUCAGUCAAAGUGUUGAAGGAGACUACACUUAUUUGCGUAUAAAUUUUUUCCAUCCGGGAGCAGCUAUGGGAAGAGCUGAAACGGCGGCAUUUCCAAAUCCUGAAGCCACAUUCCUUAAAGAAAUUACAUACCGAAGCACAAACAUUAAAGAACCCGGUGAACUGUCGUCACCGUCGUCGAACCUUAACACAGCGUUCCGAUUGAUCAAAGAAGUGCAAAAGCGAUUUAAAACCCGCGAGGCUGAAGAAAAAGAAAAAGAAGAUUUGGUCAAGCAAGAUACGUUGCUUCUUUCUCAGAACAAAGCCAAUCCUAAACUGAAAGACCUCUAUAUUCGACCGAAUGUGGCUCAAAAACGAAUCUUGGGUUCGCUAGAAGCCCAUACCAAUGGAUUCCGUUAUACAUCUGUAAGAGGAGACAAAGUAGACAUCCUUUACAACAACAUCAAACAUGCUAUUUUCCAACCCUGUGAUGGCGAGAUGAUUAUUCUUUUACACUUCCAUUUAAAGAACGCUAUUAUGUUUGGCAAGAAAAAGCACAAUGAUGUCCAGUUUUACACUGAAGUAGGUGAAAUCACAACCGAUCUCGGCAAGCACCAACAUAUGCACGACCGCGAUGAUUUAGCCGCCGAACAGGCUGAACGAGAACUGAGGCAUAAAUUGAAAACAGCUUUCAAAACCUUCUGUGAAAAAGUUGAGACUAUGACGAGGAAUGAGGUGGAAUUUGAUGCCCCUUUCCGGGAAUUAGGUUUCCCUGGUGUGCCAUUCCGCAGCACUGUUCUCCUUCAACCCACCUCCGGAUGCCUCGUCAAUUUAGUAGAAUGGCCCCCUUUCGUAAUUUCACUGGAAGACAUGGAAUUAGUUCAUUUCGAACGUGUCCAGUUUCACUUGAAGAACUUCGAUAUGGUCUUCGUUUUCAAAAAUUAUCAUCGUAAAGUUGCCAUGGUGAAUGCCGUACCCAUGAAUAUGCUCGACCACGUCAAGGAAUGGCUAAACUCCUGCGACAUUCGUUAUACAGAAGGCGUACAAUCCUUGAAUUGGUCUAAAAUUAUGAAAACCAUUACCGACGAUCCAGAGGCAUUCUUUGAGACCGGUGGAUGGACUUUCCUUGAUCCCGAAUCCGGCAGUGAACAUGGUGGUUCAGAUGAAGAAUCUGAGGAAGAUGAAUAUGCACCGACGGACGUCGAUGAUGAAGAAGAUGACGAAUCUGACAGUGAAUAUUCAGAAGCGGAUUCGUCCGAUAUGUCAGAAGACAGUGACUCUGGCAGUGAGGAUGGUGGUGGUGGUAGCUCGGAUGAAUCAGGAAAAGAUUGGUCUGAUCUUGAGCGUGAAGCUGCGGAAGCCGACCGAGAAAAUGUAAACUUCGAGGACGAGUACUCCAGAAGCCGUGGAGGUAAAGGAGCUGCACCUCCAACCUCUAAAAGCAGAGAGCAUUCAUCAAGCAAACCGUCAUCAAGCAAACCAUCAUCAAGCAAACCGUCAUCAAGCAAACCGUCAUCAAGCAGAUCAUCAGGUGGGCAUAAGAGAAGUCGGGAAUCCUCCAGUGGCGACCGUCACAGAAAAUCACCGAAGAAAUCGAGGAAAUAAACUUUGAAGAAUUGGCACGUCUACCGUACUGAAAACUGUUUUACCCUAUCCUUCCUUUCACAAAUUUUUUUAAUUUCUUUCCAUUAUGGAUCCUUUUUUAUGAUCCUUAUUUAACUGGAAUCCUUUCGUAAAGGUCGGUCAGUAACCAAGUGUUACGAACAUUUGAAUAGUACCACUUGCUUCUUGUUUCAAAUGGUAUCCGUUCUUCAACCAAGUUAAAAUACACCAUUCAUGAACUAAAA